AGCCGUAGUUUAUUAACAGUUGUCGCAUCUGCUUUCAGGUACUGUUAAGUCAUAGCUAAUAACAUCUGCCAUUAAUUUGAAUAUUUUGUGCAAUGGAAGCCCUACAAGCUGUGGAAAAAGAGGAGAAUCGACUUUCCAACAAAUAUUCAAAUUACAGAAAGAACUUGACAAAAAACCUUGAUGACUUGAUCGAGCAUGUCAGAAGUGUGAAAGAAGGCUUAUGUCAAGAUUGCAAUGAAGAAGAUGUCCUCACUCCGCUUCAGCUCCAUGUUGUGUCAGUGUGUUCAAAGAAGAUCAAAGAUUGUACCAACAAAGUAGCACUGGAACACAAAGAGCUGCAUACUUAUGUAUCAAAGAUUGGAAAAGCUAUUGAUAGGAACUUUACAACAGAUUUUUCUGGCAUGACACAAGAAAACUUGUUUACUGGAGAGUCUAGCGAGUUAUUAAAUAAAGCAAUCUCAGAGCACUUUCUUCGUCAGGGUCAAGUGGAUGUUGCUGAAAAAUUAAUACGUGAAGCUGGUCUAACAUUUGAUCAUGAACACAAGGAACCGUUUAUGGAACUAAAUUACAUCUUGAAUGAAUGUAAAGAGAAAAAUUUGGAACCUGCAUUAAAGUGGGCUAUAAGUCAUCAUUCAGAACUGCUAGCAAAAGGAAGUAGUUUGGAAUUCAAGUUACACAAACUAAAGUUUAUUGAUUACUUAAGCAACAAAAGAUACAAAGAAGCUUUGGAAUAUAGCAAGAUAUUUCAAACGUUUCCUUCCCACAGCGUAGAAAUCCAACGACUUAUGUGUUGUUUUGCCUUUAUCAAGCAUGGUUUGGAAAAAUCGCCUUAUGCUGAUUUAAUGGAUCCAGUGAAUUGGCUGGAGAUUACAGAACAUCUAGCUAAAGAUGCUUGCAUGUUGUUGGGAUUAUCAAAAAAUAGUCCAUUGGAAGUCAGUGUGACUGCUGGGUGUAUUGCGAUACCAACAUUGUUACAAUUAAGGCAAGUUAUGCAGCAACGACAGGUGGAAGGGAUGUGGAAUUCGAAAGAAGAGCUUCCAGUUGAAAUCGAUCUUGGUCGAGAGUUUCAGUAUCAUUCUAUUUUUGCAUGCCCAAUUUUACGCCAAUCAUGUGGCAGAAGCAACCCACCAAUGAGAUUAGUAUGUGGUCACGUGAUUUCAAAAGAUGCCCUUCAACGCCUCUCCCAUGGAAAUAAGCUAAAGUGCCCCUAUUGUCCCAUGGAGAUGGAUCCAAGAGAAGCUAAAAGAAUUUUCUUUUAAGUCUAAAGUGUAUUUUAUGGUGUUGGCGGUGCAAACUCGCUCUCAUACUCCCUCGAAAUUAUCGUGGAGACAAACGUCACGUGGCGUCACAUGUAAUUGGUUGAGAAAACACCGUGUUACGUCAGAUCUCGUUAGGUUGAGAAAACGUCGUACAGCUUUGAAAAAAUUUUGUUGUUGAGAAAACGUAUUAUGUCAGAUGUCGUUUGGUUGAGAAAACGUCG